ACCUGACGAUUUCGCCACCGACGUCAUUCAGCGGAUACGAUAAUGCAAAUUUGAAGCCACAUUCACACCGGCGAAUGUCAAAAUUCUCACUGCCGAAGGAUGGCUGUAAUAUUCAGCGAAAGAUUCGCGGCCAGUUUUGAUAUGCAGUAAAGAAUAUCGAGCGAGAAAUGACAAGAUGUAACCGUUGCAACUAUAACAAUCGUCUGAAGAGCUCAGCUUACAACCCCUCGGGGCAGCGGCACGAGGUGCAAUUGACGACGUACAACGCGAUGACUAAUCAUCUUCGCAGAGUGCUGCUGGCGAAGAGCGUCGUGGACUGUGGAAAGGUCGACGGGGUCUCGAAGAAAAACCCAAGACGAGGGAGAACGUCAGCAAGGGGACGAGAGGUCCGGACGGCGAAGGAGUCUCUUUCGCAAAACGUCAUCGACAGGCUCGCCUACGACACGAAAUAUCAUCCCAAUGUGGUAGCGAAGAUGAGCUGGCGGCACGACACAAUUUCCUCCAGAUUUUUCUCCAGGGAGAGAAGCGAUUGUUCAAAUUCGCCCGAUGCAAGCGACGAUUCCAGUCUCCAGGACCAUCGAGUUUCACCGAAACACUCCGAGGAAGAUCUUUGCGCAAUUUGUGCCGCUCGACUAACGUCACCAACUCCAAAACGAUCAGAGGAUUCAGGAUCAGCGUUCCAUGGUGGCGUCAAGGAGUCGAAAAUUUGUCGCAAUGCAAUGCCACGCUUGACGUCCUCCUCACAAAUAUCCUGUCCCGAAUCCCAAGAGUUCGAGGUUUGCAUUCCCAGAGCAACGUCGAGCGUCACCUUCGAGGGGUUUUCCAGUAGCAGCGAGGUCUCGAUGUACAUUAAUUUCGUCUACGACAUGACCAAGGAGAUAAUGGACAUGGGCUUCUACGCGGACGAGGAUAUCGAGGCGGUGUUCGAGCGGCAUUUCGAGAAGAAUUUGGGCCGAUUGGACAAGGAAAAAAUGUUGCAAGAGAUUAACUGUCUGAAAAAGGCUCUGAGCGUAAACUGCGAGUCCGAAAAUGAUGUGGAAGUCGAUGCGGUAGUCAGCAGCUGCGAACGAUUGCUUUGCUCGGCAACCAGCCUUCCCGGGACUUCCGGUGGCCUGAAGAAUUUCAAGGAGAGGGCAAAGCCGUCAGCGAAGCGAGACCCAGUCUCAGGCAUGAAGGUCGGAUCUUCGCUAUCUGUGGAAAAUAAAUCUGCAGAUAUUAUCGUUACUCAAGAGGACGUGAUGAAUACUUUGUUGGACAUGGAUUUGAAACCCGACAAGGCGAAGGAGAUCUAUAAGACUUUGAAGAACAGGAGUAAGGAGCUAACCUUCGGACAGAGCAGAGAUUGGAACAGUGGCAAUAAUACUCAGCCGAGGGCUUACAGUUUGCUUAGCCAACCGCAGCCAAGCCUUCCAAUUAAGCCAGCAUUGCCUAACGCGGAAGCAUCUCGAAUCUGUAAUUCAAAGAUACGUGAGAACAGGUUGCUCGAUGAUCGAUGCAGUGCUACUGAUGAAGGAGCGGGAAUAGAAGCAGCUUGUGCGGUUGACAAAAAAGCUGCCGCUGCCUCGGUCGCUGCAGAGCUUGAAACAAAGGAAAGUACAGAUGAUAGUCGAUUGGGGCCAAAAUGCACAAAGCAAAGACUUCUCAACGUCGACUUUGACCUCGCUGAUGACUCAAAGGCCAUCGAGCUGCCCACGGAAAUAGAAUCUGAAUCUACUCAGGAUGCGAAAAGUCGUUUCGAUUCUGGCCAACCGUUAAUCCUGGAAGAUAAAUGAAUUAGAGAAGAAUACUGAGUUCCGGUACAUUGCUUUAAGUGAAUAUCAACCCACCUUUAAUCCGGUAUUACUAAUAGAUCAAAGACAGAAAUGUCGCGGCAAGAUUUGUUCCAGAUUAUGUUAAUUAACAUAAUCGUUGGAAUGAAAUUAGUAGAUUAACAGAAUAGUAGAGCACUAGACCUAAUGUCCUUAAUCUAUGAAUUAAAGAGAAAUAGAUAAAUGUAAAAAUGAGACAUGUACAAGAUACUUGGAUAUUUAUUACAUCGCAAUUGUAGUAUUCAUUACGAAUGAUACAUUGUAAUUCACGUACAUACGUAUAUAUUGCAGGCUCACAAUGUUACAUUACAUAAUACCUAUUACCAAAAAUGCCUGCGCUGUAUGCGUGUAGCGUGAAACGUAGAGAAACAGAAGCAAAAUUAUAU